AUGUUAUCGUACUUUAUCUCAAAUAUACAAUCCCAAGCGUUAAAAAGCGAUUUUGUAGAUUAUGAUCCUAUGAGUCUUAAGUAUGACAGUGGUGCACUGCGUACAGUUGUUGGCAACAAGAAAUUGCUAAGCAAUUAUGACUCGGAAGCACAGCAAAUAUUUGAACUUCCGAACGGACAGAAGAUCCGUAGUCAUGGCUCUGGAGAUUUAGUAAUCAACGUUAAUCAUCAUGAGUUAGUAUUAAAAGACGCUCAUUAUAUUCCGGGAUUUAAGAUUAACUUAGUAUCUUGUGGCCAAAUAACUGCCCAAGGAUAUGAUGUUAUCUUGUCUCAUAAAAUGUUAUUGUGUGUAAAUUUUAACGAAAAACAUGUUAUCUUUGCCAAACAAUCAUUAAAUACCAAUCUUUUCACUGGACCAUCGAGAGGAAAAGUAUACUCGAAUGGGAAGAUGUUUAUGGAUAAUAAUUCAUUCAUCGAAGAUGAAGGUGAAAGAAAAGGUUAUUUAAACAGCAUCAAUGCCAUGACAAAAAUAGUUGAUCCAAGAAUUGAUCAAGUUGUGGCAAACCCCGAUGGUAGAAAAGACUUAUACUACUAUCAUUUGAUCACUGGUCACAUGUCAAUUAGAUCAUUAAUAAGAUUGCAUGAACAAGGAAGAAUCAAAUGUUCCAUUGACGAUCAAGAUGCGAAAGAUCAGAUCAAAGGUUGCAAACAAUGUAUACUUGUUAAUGCAAAACAACAUUCGCAUAACAAAACAACUCAGUCUCCACCCGAGCGGAGUUUAUACAGGUUCCAUUGUGAUACCAUGGGACCUUACCAUGUCGGUCAUGUGAAGUAUUAUAUCACAUUAAUAACUGAUCACUAUAGUGGAUUUUCUUUUACAAUAGUGAAAACAGAAAAGAGAUUUACAAAAGAAAUUUUAGAUCUUUUUGAACAUCUACAUGCUGACCUUUACCCAAAGAAAAUUGCAAGGUUUAGGUCAGAUAAUGCCAAAGAGUUUCCAACUGAGGCAGAGUUAGGCACUUUAAAAAUAAAGAAAGAAGUUUUACCUCCUUAUUCACCUGAAAUGAAUGGGAUGGCAGAAUCGCAUAAUAACGUAUUGAAAAGAAGAAUGUUAUAUGUGGUGUUAAACUUCCCUAACCGGUACAAAGAAUUACUUAUAUUCUUUUGUGAGAUUGUUGCUUACGCCGUAUUUAUUAAAAAUCAUACGCCGUCUGAGCGAGUCGAAACCCAUAAGGGUUGGACGCCACAUGAACUAUUCUACGGACGUAGAUAUAGACCAAACUACCACCAGUUCGGGGUAGAUGUGUUUGUCAUACUCCUGAAUAAACAGGAAGCAGAUGCAUUAGGUGUCCAAUUUAUCAAAGGAUUUCAUAGAGGUGUACCAGGUAUCUUCUUGGGUUAUGGUAAUGACUCCAAUGUCUACCUUAUCCAGUUAGUCGAUGGUAAUUAUACCAGAAGAUUAUUUGUGAAUGUUAGAUUUUUAGGAUCUAUGAACAAUAUUAAUACAUUCCUAGAUACUUUCGGCGAAAAAAUGCGGAAGAAUAUGGAUGAGUCUGGGAACUUUCCAUUCUUCGAAGAUUCGUCUAGAAAUGAACUACUCAAUGGUCGCUAUGUCCCUUAUGAAGAUCACUUGCCAACACAAGGUACAUCAUCCCAAGAUGUCUCCUCAGAUAGACCAACCACAAUUGAACCGACAGCUACCAAUAUCAAUAUGGAUGAAUUAAUAGCAGAGGUACCAGACGAAUUCUUACAGAACAAUAUAGCUGGAGAUUUCUUAACCCAACAAGGAUUUACUUUCCCACUGUUGCAAGUUACUGGAAAAUUGUUGGAACACCAAUCAGGACAAAGUCUUGCUCCAUAUAACUGGAUGAGUAAAGACAACAUGGAAUAUCUGAAAAUGGGGAGUGAUCAUAAAUAUUUGGGACAGAACGACACGGAAAAUAUUGAACCCAAUAAGAACAAACAGGUCCAUAUUUCAGAACCAUCUUUUCAAAGUUCAAUGGCAAACAAGCCUAAUGAAUCAGAUCUUGGUGUAUUACCUACUGCAGAUGGUAUACGUCAUGGAGUACCUAACGCCCGGGGCGAGACAACUCAAGAUGGGACAGUCAGUUCUAACAUAGAUAUGCAUCAACCGUAUUCAACAAUACCAACUCACAGACCGCCCCCGCCAGUAGGGAAGAAUGUUCAAUUCCUGGGAGUUAACAACGACUCUACGACAUUACUUCCAUCUGAGUGGGGAUUACCACCUCAACAGCAUCUCAGUAAUGGGGGAGCAUACGAGUCGCUGCCGGUUUCUAACGUUACCACUAGUGUCCGAUUAUCAGCCUCAACCAUGAACAUUGAUGUGGGAAAUAAAAAUAGUAUCAAGAGAACAAAAAUUGAUAGGCAUCCUUUACUUCCGAAUAAGGAAACAGUGAAUGAGAUUUCAGUUAGAAUCGAAGCAUUGAAAAAUGAGCAUAAUCUAAAUAAAACAUUAGAUACCAUUGCAGAUUCUUACUUAUUCACUAGAACAUCUGAACUCAAAAAUGAAAAUAUGGCUUACUACAAAGGUAAUGGUAGAGUCUCAAAGCCACCAAUGCUUCUUAACAACUUGAAGAUUAUUGAUGAGCUUAUCCCACCAACGAAACACAUUUCUAGCAUAGAAGCAAGACUAGAAACACUGACAGGUGACUUGAAUGAUAUUGAAAACGAUAUUGAUUUGAGUGUUUAUGGUGUGGAAAAAUACGUGGAUUAUACUGAUGAAAAUUGGAGAAGAUCCAUGGACAAUGAGAUGAAAAAGUUCAAAGAAAUGAACGUCUACCAAGUAGUGAAGAAGAAAAAGAACUUCAGAAUGAUACCCGCAAAAUGGGUUCAUUCAUAUAAGCCAAAUGACCCAAAAGGGGAAUUUUUCAGGAGUCGCUGUGUUGUCCAAGGAUUUAGGCAAAUCCCUGGACUCGAUUUUGAUAAGAAUUGUGUCCUGUCACCAGUUACUGACCUUACUACCAUCAGGGUCUUGACAGCGAUAGCCGUAGAAAGCAAGGCUCAAAUUCACCAUAUCGAUAUAAAGUCAGCAUAUCUCAACGCGACUUUGCCAAAAGAUACUCCGAUUUUCGUUAAGCCACCUCCUGGAUAUGAUGACGGUAUACAUUGCUGGAGGUUGGUGAAAGCGGUGUAUGGACUCAAGCAAUCAGGUUUCGAGUGGCAUUCCCAUGUCAGUAAGACAUUCAAGAAAAUGGGAUUAUAUCAAUGUGAGAAUGUCGAAGGACUUUUUAUGCUCGAAAAAGGUAAUGAAAAAAUAUACAUUGCUUUAUACGUCGAUGACUUAUUCGUCGUUGCCUCCAGUAAUCAGUUCUUCAAUAAGUUCAUGGACGAUUUGGAGGCAAAAUUCAGUCUAAACUAUAUUGGUGAGAUUCUGGAAUAUUUAGGAAUUGAAUUUCAGAAAAAUGCUUUUGGCUAUGAACUUCACCAAAACAAGUUUGUUAAAAGAUUGAUUGAAGCUUUCCCAACAGAAAUAAUGAAAGGUGCUGAUCUACCACGUACUCCAGAUAAUAUUUUCAAGAAUGGCAAAUAUAAAAUCAUUGAUGAUAACACAGGUAAACCUUUGAAGAACCAGAAGGAUAUACCAAUACCAGACGAAUACAUUUAUGAAGAUAGUAAUUCUCCCCGUUUGGACAAAGAACAUCAUGAUUUAUAUCGGAGUAUUGUGGGUAUGUUAUUGUGGCUAACAAAUAAUACCAUGCCAUCAAUUUCAUACGGAACUAAUGCUCUCGCAGCAAAAUGCCACGAACCCACAGAAAAUGAUUACAAACAUCUUAUGCAAAUGAUCAAGUAUUUGUACAAAAAUAACAAUGAAAGAUUAAUCAUGAGACGGAAUCAAACGAAAGAUAUUAGUGAGGAUUCACAUGUGAUCUAUGCUUAUUCUGAUGCUUCAUUUGCGGCAGAUUUGGAUAGGCAUUCUGUUUCAGGUUUUGCCAUUUAUCUCAAUGGUAAUCUUGUAUCUUGGGGGACUAAGAAACAAAGGAGCAUAACAAAAAGCUCCAUGGCAUGUGAGUUAAUUGCAUUAGGGGAGACUGUUGAUAGAUCUAUGAUUAUCAGACAAAUUGUUCAAUCAAUAGGUUACAGUGCUCCCAAGAUCAUUAUAUUUGAGGAUAACCAGCCAGUAAUUAUGAAUUCCUAUAAUCGGAAAUCUUCUGCUAUCAGAAGACUGGUGGAUAUAUGUCUUAAAACAAUCAGACAACUUAUUCUCGAAUAUAAACUACUUUCUGUUGUGUACAUCAAUACCAAACUCAAUGUUGCUGACUUAUUAACUAAGGCAGUGAACAAUAACACCAUGAAAACACUUAAACCUUUAUUAUAUGACAAAGGGAACUUGGACGGCGUAAGAAAAUUGAUUAAGGAUAAUUUUACUUCGCAUAGACCGGUCGAGAUGGGUCAACACAGCUUGGUUUAUAAUAUUAUAACUCCAACCGAGGAAAUUAAGGAAUCCUAUUAUGUUGCACCUAAUAACGUUCAAAGUAAAGUGGAAUCUCGGAAUAAUAAGCAUCCGGAGAUUAGUGGUGGUAUUGCUCGUAUAAAGAGAUUGAGUAUGCCCUAA